AUGUUCAUGCUCUUGAAAUUCUUCUUCAUUUUUCUAACCCUACAACCGAUGAUAAUGACUCAACCGGAUCUUUACUCUCAGUUUCAAACUGUUCCAAUCCCAGAUGUCAACUCCAUGUACUCGAGAUUGAAUGGCUAUGCGAGCUACAGCAGGAAGUUGCUGAAAUUUGAUGGAAACGACCCUACGGCUGACUAUACAACAACAACUUGGAUGAACGGCUGUUACCUAGAGUUCCAAGCUGCCGGAAACGCUUCUUUCGUUGUAUUCUGGGAGAACAAAAACUUUAUGUACUGUGAGGCUGUUACCAAGGUGGGCAACUUCGUAACUCCAACUUUCCCCAUUGGAAACCUAAGAAGAGUCGAGAGAUUUGGGCCAAGAUGUGUGUGGGUUCCAUAA